UAAGUAACGGUGAUGGAUUCUUGCAUGUGACAUCACCUUUCAACGGCCGGUUACACGUAGUGUAGAUUCGUGUCUACCCUUACCGUCGUCCCAACACAGAGUUUCCACGAGUCACCACAUACUUUGAACCCCUCGCAAUUCCUGCGUCGUCUUCAUGAGAAAGCCCAAUGACGCCGAUUGAGGCUGCAGGAGUGCAGCUUUAAGCUUCUUGAUAGCUGUCGCGUCCACCACGACGCCUUGUUUUUGCCAGCAGCUUGGAAGCUUUUCCACCUAUCUAUAUAAUAUCAAUAUGGCCGUACCAUUUAUCGGCCGACUGAACCCAACCGAAUAUGUUGCCUUGAUAGGCUCAUUUCUAUUUGUUGUCUUUGAAGCCAUCAUCCGAAUCUUGACAUUAGCGCUGCCUGCAUCCUUAAUUAAUCUCUUCACCGACGCAUCGCGAUACAUAUUCAAUUGCAUUUCCUCUCCCGCUCACAAAAGAGCCGAAGAGAGAAAGCAUGCCAUCUCAAGUUCCAUCCGAAAUGCCCCCGAUUUCGUCGCCAUAUGUGCUACCUACGGAUACACUGCUGAGGAACAUGUGGUACAAACCAAGGAUGGAUACCUGCUCGGGCUACACCGAUUAGCAUGGAAGCAGGGUGAAGAGGAUACCAAGGUCAACAAUGGGCCUAACAGCAUCAAGAAACGCAUCGUUUACCUCCAUCAUGGGCUUCUUAUGAAUAGUGAGGUUUGGGUCUGCCAAACCGAUGCCCAACGAUGUCUCCCGUUCAUCUUGGUCGAGCGUGGCUUUGAUGUCUGGUUAGGCAAUAACCGCGGAAACAAGUAUUCUAAAAAAUCAAUAAAGUGCUCGCCUAGUUCGACCAAAUUCUGGAACUUCUCUAUCGAUGAGUUCGCCUUCUAUGACAUUCCGGAUUCGAUCCAGUACAUCCUCGACAUUACUAAACAACCGUCAUUAUCCUACAUCGGGUUUUCUCAAGGGUCAGCGCAAGCAUUUGCGAGUUUGGCCGUCAAUCCUAAGCUGAACGACCAAGUCAACGUUUUCAUUGCGCUUGCCCCUGCCAUGUCAGUACCUGGAUUGCAGAACGGCAUCGUUGAUGCUCUUAUCAAAGCUUCGCCGCAAGUUCUGUUUCUUCUUUUCGGUCGACGGUCCAUUCUGAGCUCCGCAACGACUUGGCAAAGCAUUCUCUAUCCUCCGAUCUUCAUCAAAGUAAUCGACUGGGGCAACAAUUUCCUGUUCGGCUGGAAGUCCCAGAACAUGUCAGUCAGCCAGAAACUUGCAGCAUAUCCACACUUGUAUUCGUUUACCAGUACCAAGUCAGUUGUUCAUUGGUUUCAAAUCAUUCGGAACAAGUCUUUCCAGAUGUUCGAUGACGACGUUCAGACGGCUUUGGGGAUGAACAUGCCGAAUAAAUAUACCAAAGUGGCAAAAUAUCCUACCCGUAACAUCAGGACACCUAUUGUUAUCGUAUACGGUGGAAGUGAUUCAUUGGUGGAUAUUAAGGUGAUGCUCAAGGAACUCCCAAAGAGAACUGUGGCCACCGAGAUACCUCACUAUGAGCAUUUGGAUUUCCUUUGGGCACGAGACACCGAUUCCCAGGUUUUCCCACAUGUGUUCGAUGCGCUAGAUAACUUCACAAGUGCGGAAAAUCCUCUGAAGGAGUACGAAAGCUACGCUCGUGCGAGAGAUAGGAGUCUGUCUGCCUCGGCAAAAUUCAAGCAUGUGCGUGUAAAUAGCGAUGCAGUAGAAUCUGACAGUACCUCGAAUAGUCAAGAUAAUAGCGACAGCGCUAGUCACGAGCACAAAGCAAGGGAGACCCUCUUGAGCCCACUGUCUAUACCUGAAGAUCUCGCACCUCAGCACCCGCAUCUAACCCAGCCGUACAUUCAACCUAUAACACUAGGUAACGAGACGAGGGGCACAACCCCUGAGAGUUCGGUAACUCUAGAUGGUGCAAAUGAAACGCAAACGCCGCCACAGAACAACUCGCCCAUAACCUCAUCUCCUAUAGCCAGUAGGCUCCCCCGACAUCGUGGUACUACCGGGAGAACUCUUAGUAUAAAUUCUCCAAAAGACGGUAGGCGAGGCUACAUCAAAAUCGGCAGCUCACAACCCGCGACUAGUGUUGUAACGACAGGGAGUAGUGACGAAGAGCAUAAAUAUCAGAACAAAGGGCAAUAGCUGGUGGUAGAAAUGGUAGUCUCAGUUUUCUAUGCGAUCAGACAACUGUAAAAUUCACACAGCAGACAUAACAAACGGCAAUGUUCCCGCACAUGAUUUUCGGUACGGCAC